AUGGGCAAUGGCUGCUCUGAGCCAACAGACUGCUGCUGGGCUCCGUUCUAUGCCCUGCUGGCUAGUGGCCGAGGCGACUUGGUCCUCUACGGCUUCCCCCAAAGACCUCGCGGACCCGAUGCCACGAAGGCGAAUGGGAGCUAUGUCCUGUGCGGAGAACACCAUGGUCGCCCGGUGUUUCAGCAUGUAAGCGGCACAGGCCCUUUCAUUUACUUCUGGGACGAGCGGGACGGCGAGAACUGGCGUGGCUGGUGGCUAGGGCCUGCUGUCGGUGCUGCGGAGGUUUGGGCAUACAACGCAGCAGUGGAGGAAGGUCCUCUCCCACCGACACAGUCCUGGCGUAGCCCAUGGCAUGGUCCGAUCCAUCCGAUGCUCAAGCUGUGCAUCUGGCCCCGCACCAAGUUGAAGGCGCGGAUGCAGGCGACCCCUUCUGUCGAGCCUGCAGUGCCAGAGGCACAGCGAGCCGUGCCAGCCUGGCUUGAGAACCCGGGUGAGGCGGAGGUGGCCUUGAGCGAAGACUCCGCCCAGCUCGGCAGCUGCGGGAUCUGCCUCGAGCCACUCUGGAACGCGGAGCCCAGUGUCUUUCUGGUGAACUUGAAGCGUCUCUGCCGCCACUAUUUCUGCCGUGCCUGUGCAAAGCGGAUGUUGGUGGAACAGACGACACUUGGCCUCCGGCCCUUGCAGGAGGACAUGCAGAUAGGGAUGCUCGAUGGCCUUUCUUCCGUGUUGGAUGGGGCAGGAAGGCGCUUAGGAGACUUGGUUUGGUCCGAAACAGGCCAGCGACUGUGCGAUGGAGAAUUCUUCCUCGUUCUCACGCAGUUGCAGCGAUUGAGACACUUGGAGGCCGGCAUGGAGUUUCGCUUCAAGGAAGGCGAGGCGUUGGUCAUCCGGCGAGGUGUCCUGCUGGGCUGCCUUCUGAAGGGAGCCUGGCGCACACUCAAGCGGAUGACGCACGAGGAGUUUCUCCAGGAAGGACUCGAGGAUGUGACGGUCAGCAGCCGCAACAUCAAAGAUUUGCGAUCAAAGUUCAUCGUGUACAGCGGAGGAGAGUUCAGCUGCUGGACGUGUGGCCGAUGCUCGCUGGAGAACACCUCCAGCGAUUUCAAGUGCAAACUUUGUGGAGGCCCACCGCAGCGGCCGGAGGAGAUGCCUGAACAGAACCUGCCAUUGGACAGAUUUGGAGCUGCAGCGCUGAGGAGUCGAUUUGCUCUGCGACCUCAGCUCCAUUGGGCCGUACCUUUACAAUGUCCGCUGUGCCGGAAUGGAGGUACGGCUUCCGUCACCCCGAUGCCGAGCCUGCGCGAGGCUCCCUUCGAUUGGUUCAGCCUCGUGGAUGUUGCCGGGGCUGGGAAGCUAAGCCUGUUCGAGCUGUCAGCCGGCCUGGCCACUGUGUUGCCACUCAGCUCAGAGCGCCUGGAAUCCGAGCUAAAAGAUCAAUUUCCCGCUCUUCGCUGGCCCAUCAAUUACGAGCAGUUCGCUCAGCAGGACACUGCCAUAGAAAAGACACCGAGCAUCAAGAAGAUGUGGCCUCACUUCAGUUGGAGUGUCACGGCUUCCUGA